AAAGUAAUAGAUAUUUUAAGGUUUAUGAUGGCAAAUGUAAUGUACAGCAAAGAAAUUUUGGAAGCGAUUAGUCACUUAAGGGCUCGAAAAGCACGGCCAGAUGCUUCUAGAAUUACUAUGUACUUGUUAAAAAAAUAUGGAUUGUCAAAUGAGGUUGUAAAGGCUGCAAUAGCAAUUUGCGUGAAGGAAUCUCUAGUUUUUAAAGUAGAAUACAAAGGCUAUAUUAGCUAUAGAGAUGCAUCAAAAUCCAAUCAUGGAAGAAAGCACGCUUUUAGGAGUAAUUUAAUCACAUCGUUAUUACGUGUAUUUGGUAAACUAGCAGAAAAUAGUCUAGAAAUACAAACAAAUGGAUUACCAUUGGAAGAAUUCAAAAAGGCUUUACUGUGUCCAAAUGUUUUGAAAACUGAUGAAAGCUGUGACGAUAUAUUAGACAUUGCUAUAACCAAUGGCAUUUUUACUAUUUUGCCAAAUAAAAACAUAAUUGCCACUAAAUAUUUAAAUAAAUUUUCAAAACAGAGAAACGGCAUAGUAGAUAAUACUAAUACUGAUAAUACACAAACUGAAAUUACUUCUUCUGAGGAUCCAAUGCAUGAGGAUGAUGACGAAUGUACUUUCAAUGCUGAACAUUCUAUUGACUCAUGUCCUACUGAGUGCACAGUGUGCAGAGAAACUAUCAUUACACAUAAUAAAAACAUUAUAUCUUGCAAAAGUUGUUCAAACAUAUGUCACCUUAAAUGUGCUUGUAAUACAAGUUUUUAUAAAUACAAUCAAAUGUGGAAAUGUGCAGAUUGUACGGUGUGUGCAGUAUGCAAAAUAAUCGAGUCUACAAAUUCAUUAGUAAUAUGUGUUAAAUGUAACUCUGCCUAUCAUAAACAAUGUCAUUCACCGAAACUGCAAGAUAGUAUCACUGGUAUGUCAUUUUGGUUUUGCAAUUUCUGUGAAGACAAAAAUGAUGUGAAUAAUAUAUUAGCAAAAUCAGUAUUUUUCUGUUCUCCUGGUAAUAUACCAAAAGUAAGGUAUGAACCUUGGGAACACAAAGCAAUAUGGAGUAACUUCAAACCAAGAAUAUAUGGAUCAAUCAGUGAUGAAGAAAUAGAUGAAGUAAUUCCUGAUAUCACAGAUUGGACUUGUGAUCGACUAUACAAUUAUUUAAAGAACCAACAUCCACAGGGUGCAUAUGCUUUAAAAGAACGGACAAUUAAUGGAAGGCAUUUACUAAAAAUGUCUAGAGUAGAGGUAAUACAAGGGUUGGGUCUGAAACUGGGACCAGCAUUAAAACUCUACAAGGAAGUUGUUAUUUUGCAAAGACGUAGAAAUGAUUCAAAAUUGUAUUAUUUAUAAUACCUUUAGAAUGUCCAAU